GCUUAAUCGUUGUAUAUUAACUAUCUUAUUGAAUUAUUUCUUUUUUGGCUCAACCGUUAGAAUCAAUCACGGAAAUUAGAGAUGCUACCAACGAUACGUUUAAGCGAAAAUCGCGUUAGCUCGUUGUAAUAUACGCGUGUGAAUUUUUGUACAUCGUCGAUAGACGAUAAAAAGAAUCGCAGUUCACAUUCGCUGCACAUUUUCUGCAGUGAGUGGCAUCUUAUAAAAUUGUACAAACACGUAGCUUAGAAUAGCGAAAGGGACAAGUAUCGUAAUACAGAAAGGCUACGAGCUUUAAGAGCUUUUCACCGAUAUUUUCACCUCAUCGUUGUGUCGCAAGUGGUUCGAACGUGGUGAGAACGGAGUAAUGUAACAUUUAAAAAGGAACACGAACGUAAGUUGGAUCGUUUGAGUGGGUGGGAGAAUUCGUCGUUUCGAAGGUAGGCAAGCCUCUAUAUAAAAACAAAGGAGGCUAUCGAAAAGGUACCAUACGAGUUAAAAACGUACGCUUAACAUUAUUCCUAGGCCCCUCGUACGAAAUACAAAGAAAUACGACGAUGCAGCCAAUUAGCAUUGUGGUUCUUGCCGUUGUUUGUUGUUAUAUCGUACCAUGUAUAAUAGCCAAAGAAGACGCUUUACCAUCGACAGAGAGCCGUUCCUCGAUUCUCGAUCGAUCCGUUGGUCAAUUAGAAAAUGAAGAAUAUUCGGGUGCUACGUUGAACAGGCAAAAAAGAACGCUUCUGCUGAAGAAAAAACUUAUCGGUGCAGGACUCUUGGGCUUCGGCUUAGGUGCCGUGAAAGGGUACAAGCUUGGUUAUAAGACGGCUCCAGAAGUUCAUCAUGUUUAUGUAUCGAGUCCUCCAGCAUCCGUAAAAUACGUUGAAUACGUUGACAAACCUGUCUUCGUGGAAAGAAUAAUUGAGAGGCCAACUCCGGUUUUUAAACCGGUACAUGUCGAAUACAGGGAAUCUUCUCCUUACGGGCCUUGGUAAUGUCAAUGGAAAUCAUCAAUCGGUGCAAGUAAUCACGUAAAAUUGGCCAAAAAUAAUAAUCCAAUAGCCGGCAUAGACCAACAAGAAGAAGUUUGUAAAGUACCAGGAAAUUUCUAUCAAAACGUCUUCGUAUUGGUUUAUUUUCAUGUACACACGCACGCCUAUGUAAUUAUGCAUACGUUCAAGACUCAUCGUACAAUAGGACAAAACAAUAUUUUAUACUAUACUCGACGUUGUAUUCGCGACUGGCGAUCUAAAAUUUAAAUCGACGCGGUAUCAUACUGUUUUAUUGCUUAAAAUGAAUUAUUGCGUCAAGACGAAUACAAAGUAACAUCGUCUCUUUAAUUAUCUUAGAGGGAAAAGAAAAGGAGUACAUAGAAAAAGAGUUUCAUUUUCUUGUAUCAUCGAUCAAAUUUUACUUUCCAUGUGUAUGUUCUGCUCCACGUUUUGCGUUAAUUUAUCGCACCGUUCUUAGCCGCAUCGUUGCGUAGAACGAAUUACGGAUACGUGGUUCAUUUGUCAGAUGAUUGAUUUAAAUGGCUUAAUGUUAAAUAAACGCUCGUAUUUUUACAUCUUAUUAUCGAUCACGAUUCUUUCCAAUAUACAUAUAUACGUGUUAUAAGCUUCGCGAUGCGAAAAAUUCGUUGAUAAUCUCCUAAUAAUUUUUCGCUCACGAACGCUUGCAACAUUAUAAAAUGUCCAUCUAUACAUUAUGUGCGCUAUAUACACUUAUUCGUACAUCUAACACACAAAUUAUUGCACGAUCACAUAAAACACGUUUGCACGUGCUGUUUUAUC